AUGAUUCUAAGUCAAAUACCUGUUAUUCCUCAAGUACAACAUAAUAUUGUUUUAAAUACGAGACAAGAAGGACGACGAAGACGAGAGCGUCUCCAAGCACUCAAUCAACCUAAUCAUCAAUCUCGACGAAACGCACAUCGGUGUCGCGACACUACUUGGGAUCAUUUAGAUCCUUUAGAAGAACCUAUGGACGAAAUAUAUAAUGAUCCACUUUUGGAUGCUUAUGAACGGGAGAUGACGAAUCCAAAAGAAAGAUGGGAUCAGAAACAGAUGAAUGAAUUAGAAGACUUUGCAGCUCUCGAAUAUUUACGAUUAAUACACGAUGAAUUAAAACAAGAACAAAAUAUUGAGCAUACUCACCAAAUACUAGAAGAAGAAGAAAUAAUGCGAAAAAAUAACAUUAGACAAAGGCUUCAUUUUUAUAAUAGUUCUGAACAUACCUGA